AUGAGUGCCGCAGCAGCCACGAGUUGUGCCUUGCCACCACCACUUGGGCCUGAACAAGAGGACCAAGAGUGCUCAGAGACACACAUGUCUGUUUUGUGGUAUGCCGGGCAGCUUGCAGUUACUUACUAUGAUACAGAAGAUUGCUCAGUCUACUUCAUGCCUGACAUACCUGAUAAUGAAGACCUCAAGCUACUGCAUAAAGUGAUUAGGGAAGUUAAUCCUCAGUGCAUAGUGACCAGUGCAAAACAGGACCAGAAUAUUGCCAGAUUCCUGACCAGCCUAACAGCUACUGCUGGUGAUAAAGAUACAGGAAAACCAGAAAUUGUCCUGUUUCCUAAUAUAGAUUUUGGCCUAGAAGUCAGCAAGCAGCGGAUCUUAUCUCGGCAAUUUCCAUUUAUCCCAUCUCAUAUGACUGCAACAGAGAAAAUUCUCUACUUGUCCUCAAUCAUCCCUUUUGAGAGCCCACUCAUGAUACGAGCCCUAGGGGGACUCCUUAAGUUCCUAGACAGGAGAAGGGUUGGAGUUGAGCUCGAAGAAAGCACUAUUGCAGUUCCUAUUUUGGCCUUUAAAAAGUUUGUGCUGUCAGAUAUUGUGAAUAUAGACGAAGACACUUACUGUGUCCUGCAGAUAUUUAAAAGUGAUAUCCAUCCUUCUGUGUACAAGCUGUCGAGUGGAUUAAAAGAAGGAUUCAGUUUAUAUGGGAUUUUAAAUCGCUGCAGGUGCAAAUGGGGAGAAAAACUGCUGAGGCUGUGGCUCACACGACCUACUCGGAACUUCACAGAGCUGAACAAACGGCUGGAUGUCAUCCACUUCUUCCUGCUGGCUCAGAACCAUGAAACAGUCCUCACUCUUCAAGGUUGCCUCAAGAAUAUUAAAAAUGUGCCUCUUAUUCUGAAGAGAAUGCCUCUUUCCCACACAAAAGUUAGUGACUGGCAAGCACUCUAUAAGACAGUGUACAGUGCAGUGUGCCUUAGAGACACAUGUCGUUCUCUGCCCAACACUAUUGAACUCUUUCAGACUAUUUCACGUGUCUUCACUGAUGAUCUGCAGUACAUUGCUAGUCUGAUCAGCAAAGUGGUGGACUUUGAAGGCAGCGCCUCAGAGAACCGCUUCACUGUUAGACCCAACGUGGACCCUGCCAUCGAUGAAAAGAAACGUAAGCUAAUGGGGCUUUCAGACUUCCUUACAGAAGUGGCACGAAAAGAACUGGAGGCCUUGGACAAUCAUAUUCCCUCCUGUUGCGUGAUCUACAUUCCUUUGAUUGGGUUCCUUCUCUCCAUUCCACGGCUACCAACUAUGGUGGAUAAGAGCGACUUUGAAAUUGAAGGCUUGGACUUCAUGUUCUUGUCAGAGGAUAAACUGCACUACCGAAGUGCUAGAACUAAGGAGCUAGACAGCCUGCUGGGUGACUUGCACUGUGAGAUCAGAGAUCAGGAAACACUUAUCAUGCACCAGCUGCAGACAAAGAUCUUGGAGAAGUCUGAAGUGCUCAACAGUGUGAUUGAGUAUACUGCACACCUAGAUGUGCUACUAGCUUUGGCAGUGAUGGCCCGGGAGAAUGCCUACUGCCGGCCACGCUUUACUCACCGCCAUGGCUUCCACAUCAAGGAUGGAAGACAUCCACUCAUGGAACUAUGUGCAAAGACUUUUGUGGCCAAUCCUGUGAACAGUGGCGAGGCUACCAGACGAAUAAAGAUCAUCACAGGGCCCAACUCAUCUGGAAAGAGCGUCUACUUAAAGCAAGUAGGUCUUAUAGUAUUCAUGGCUUUAAUUGGCAGUUACGUCCCUGCAGCAGAGGCAGAGAUUGGAGUAGUUGAUGGGAUUUACACAAGAAUCCACAGUAGGGAAUCAGUUUCUGUAGGGCUCUCCACUUUCAUGAUUGAUCUUAACCAGGUUGCCAAGGCAGUGAACAAUGCCACAGAGAGGUCCUUGGUACUUAUUGAUGAGUUUGGUAAGGGGACCAACACCCUGGACGGCCUGUCCCUUCUGGCUGCUGUCCUGAGGUACUGGAUCAGUCAAGGAACACGGUGUCCGCAGGUUUUUGUCUCCACUAAUUUUCACAGUUUAAUGCAGCUAGAACUCCUGCCUGACACACCUCUUCUGGAGUGCCUGACCAUGGAGACCCACCAAGAUGGAGAUGAGUUGAUAUUUUUCUAUCAGAUCAAACAGGGCAGGUCCACUGUUAGUGAAAGAGGAGUGGAAGUGUCAGAACUGAUUCGCAAUGGAAAAGCUAUCAAACGUAUUGAUCAUCCUUCAAAAGGGGAUCGGAUGGAAAAAUGCAAGUCUGUUGUGGAAAAGUUUCUUCGCCUAGACCUUGAUGAUCCCCAUGUGGACUUACAAGAGUUCAUGUGUAAAGAGGUGCUGCCUUCUGCAGCCUCAGUCCUCUAACAGGGGUAUGUGUAAAAGCACAGAUUACAUCAUACCUACCAUGUUCAGAAGGAGAGUCUGGCAAUUUAGAGAAUGAUCACUACAACUAACACCCCACACUGCAUUUAGCUUGUAACAAACCAUCUAUAUUUAGGUCCUUUCUUCUUCUUCUUCUUGUUUAAAACAAGUACUAGAGUUACAUAUCUCUGCAAUAUGAUAAUGAAAGCAGGAAGACUGAAAGAAGAGAAUUCCAGAACCUCUUUCAGCUGUUGGGUCACCCAGUUUUGUGCAUUUUCUGCCCCUGUUGUUAGACCUUCAGAUUAAAAAAAUAUUGUAGAAAAGUCACAAAACAUUUCGGCUAGUCUCAUAAGACAGUGAAAGCAAAGUAUUGUUUUGUAUUGUGCCAAAGUGAUAGUUUCAGACAUUUUAGGAUCAGCAUCAAAGAUUCCAGGUAAGUAUGUGCCUCAGACUUCCAUAUCAGCAAGUAACAGUUGUCACAAUACAAACCACUGACGUAGAGGCUGAUAAAUGGAAAUACAGAGGGAUUUAAUGAGUUCUGAGGCUUUUCUUAUACCAGAACUUCUGUCCAAAAUGCCAGAGAUCUCAGGAGUUAUUAUAAAAAC